GCCAUCGGCUGCACGCUCCAGCUCAGCACCGCGGCCUCCCAGCCUCCCUGCUUCCCUGGCGGUGCCGACCGUGCCGUGUCGUCCACUGUGCCGACCUCCCCGGCUGGUGCCCUUUCCGUUCACUGUGCACGGAACCCUCCUAAGAUUUGUUGGGGUACUCUUAGUCCGCGCCCGACCGGUGUUGCAACGUGACUCUGACGUGACCUCAACGUGUCGUGACGGUGACCUGGCCCGACCUCGUGAGAAUCUGAGGCUGAAGUAUUUGCCCGUAGCUGAGACCUAUGCCGCUUAACGGCAGCCCGGCCGGUCACGUGGUGGUGACACCGCAUGGUCAGACGGUGCAAGGUGUGGGGUCGGGCCCGGCCGACGUGGCUGACACCUCGGGCCCGGUCACCACCGUCUCCAGCACACGCUACACGCCCUCGCCCUCCAAGGGCGGCAUAGCCGGCUACACGGGCUUCAUCCCGGGCAGCCAGUACGUGGUGGGCACCAACUACCGGCGCGUAGCAGACACAUGUCUCACGGACCUGGAGCGGCGCUCGCAGGACCGCCGCGACCGGCUGGACCGCGAGAGGACCGCGCGCGUGCAGGAUGUCGGCGCCGGUGCCGACCUCCUGGACAACGCGUCUGCCCCCACUCCCGUCCCGGCCGUGGGCCAGGGGGACGCCAAGUACAGCCGGUACACGUCACAGCAGUACGUUCAAGAGGAUGUGAUUCCCAUUCCGGGCUACGGCGGCUUCAUUCCUAAGGCCCGUAGCUCCAGCAUGGGCGUGGGCAAACGAUUCUCCCGGUUCGCCGACGAGGGCUUUCACGCGCUGCACGACCAAGUGAACAAGUACCGGCAGUCGGUGCCGGCCUAGCCCGGCCGCUACUGCACGAGCGCCAGCCGGCCGGCCGCUAGGCGUCCGACCCCACGGCCCGGGCCGGCGCUUCCGGUCCGGACCGUGACGUCACGGCCUGCACCGAAGCGGCCGGCGACAGCAGGCGGUCCUGACCGGGCCGGUGGAGCGUCGGCCCGAGCGCUGUGACGUCACGGACCGGACUGAAGGUGGACUGGAGCCGGCGCCCCGGACGCUCUAGGAGCUGCCAGGUGCCGAGUGCUGCCGCCAGGCUAGCCAGCCCCGGGCGGCGCGGCCGCGGUGCGCUCCCGGAGACCGCUCUGCUCCGUCCGUACCCCAUCGGACGGCUGCCGACAGCGAGCGAAGCGCAGGGCGCGUGGUCGGCUCGACAGGCCUGUCUUUCGCUCGGGAAAGACAGGACUCUGACGGCCAGAUGGCGCGUCAGUCACGUCCACGUGGUGCUAAGCCAGCCGAACAGCUUUGUAUAUUGCUAGUGUAGUGUUGCUAGGUCAGUGUUGAGUUGGCAACAGAACGACAGCUUAAGUGCCUUGCAGGCAAUGCUUCACUACGCUGGUAGACGCAGCAGGUUUGCAUUUAGCCGCUACACGAGAACGAUGAAUUAUAUGCUAUUGGUUUUUGUGCCAUGAACGAGGAAUAUCUUGUAUAAAAUUUGACUAUUCGUAUAAAGAUCGGAUGUAAUAUACCUAUUUUUCUUCCACUUUGUAUGCUGUAGUUGGUCCAUUCUUGAUAUCGCGUGAUUUUCAUAUACAGGAAUGGAGCGUAGUCUCAUCACCAAGUAACAGUUA